AUGUUUAAUAGACUUAAAUUUGUUUUCACGUCUUACCGAAAAAAGGAUUCUUGGAAAAAUAUUCAAGACAUUUUCCUCUCACAUCAUAAGUUUCCUGACUUAUUUUUAAGUGUUCCUUCAAGUUUUCGUCAAAAUCUAAAAACAUUUGUAUUUCAAGUGUUUGCACAAAAUAAACACGUGUUAUUGAAAUUCAUGAAAAAUUGGGUUUAUCGUCAUGAAACUGAAGUUGUGUUAAACGAGAAAAAAUAUAAGUUUCUUGAAGACAUUUUUAAUUAUGCUUUGAAUAAUGAUAGAGUUGAGGUUAGAAAAGCUCUUAAAGAAUCUCUUAGUGUUGAUAGUCAAUUUUGUGGACAUUUAUUGCAGGCAGCUUUACAAACGAAUAAUAUUAAAACUUUUCGAUGGGUUCGAAACUUUUGCAUAAAAUUUAAAAGUUCUGAUGAGGAACUUCAAAACAUUUUUAUUUCAUCAAAAUGCAUUAUUGAACUUUAUUCUAAUGCAUCAGUUGACAUUUCAAACGAGCUUAAAGGAUUUAUUAAAGAAGUAUUUUUAAAAAAUAAGAGCAAACUUGUUGAAUGUGUAGAAAGAAAUGACAAAAUUAACUAUGACUUAAUUAUGAAUGAAAAAAAAUUCCAGGGAUUUGAAGAUUUUCUGCUUGAUUAUUUCGAUAAUUCUGAGUUUGAAUUGAACAAAGUUAUUAAUUUCGUUCUAUAUCAAGAUUAUCCAUUCCACAUUCAUCCAUUAUUUAAAGCCAUGGAAUUAGAAAAUUUGCAGGAUUUUGAAAGAAUUAAAAAUCUUUAUGUGAAAUAUAAGACAACUUGGCAACAACUUCAAGAUGUUUUUAUGAAAAAUUUCAAAUAUUUCGACUUAUUCAUUAACAUGAGACUAGAAAUGCGUGAAAGUUGCAUGAAAUUUUUAAAGCAAGUUUUUAACUCAAACAAGGAUAAAAUUUUAGAACAUUUUAAUCGAAUAAGUCAUCCGGAAAUUAUUCAAAUUAUCACGAAUGAAGAUUCAUUUGAACUAUUUGAAGAUUUAAUUAGUGGAGUAGAUUUUGUAGGAGGAUUUUCACUAAGCAAAAGUAAUAUGAUUAGUAGUAUGUUGAUGAAGUCUAUUCAGUCUGAAAAUCUUAAUACUUUUAAAAGAAUCAGAAAUUUUUACACAAAUUUCAAGAAAUCUUGGGGAGACAUCCAAGAUAUUUUAAUAACACAGAAAAUUUUCCCCGAAAUAUUCUUCUUCAUAAAAUAUAAAAUCUGUCAAGAGCUUUGUGACUUUACAAAAGAAAUUUUUAAUUCAAAUAAAAAUAGACUAAACUUAUUAUUUCAAAAUUAUCGUGAUGAAAAUUUUAAUCUAAUUUUCAAUGAGCAAAUAUUUAAUUUAUUUGAAGAAUUUGUUGUAAAAAUUUGUGAUAAUGAUGAAGAACUAAUCAAACAAAUCAUUGGCGCACAUCUUUUUUACGAAUAUUCAAGUAGUUUUCAUCCAUUGCUCAUAGCAAUUAGAUCAAAUAACUUACAAACUUUUGAAAGAAUUUCUAAUAUUUAUAUCAAGUACAAGAAAUCAAAUGACGAACUUCAAAACUUUUUAAUAUCUGAUAGUAACUUUUUAAAAUGUUUUGAAAAUAUGUCAUACCAAAUGUGCGCGAAUGUAACAGAAUAUUUCGAAAUUCUUUUUAAAAAUGAUAAAACUAAACUGAUCAAUUAUCUUAAAAAUCAAUCAAUUAAUUCAAAACUUAAUCUUAACGAGCAAGAAAAAUUAAAUCUUUUUCAUAUCUUAAAUAUGAAUAUAGUUUUAAAAGAUUUAGAACACGUUAAUGAUGUUGUCAAUAUCUAUCUGCUUUAA